UUCACACUUUGUAACUUCUCACGGUGACAUGAUUCGCACAUUAUUUUGAAUCUAAUUGCAGUGAUGUUUUGACACUUGGCCUCGGCAGUUGAGUUACUGAGUUCCAGCCACCGCAAACCUGAUGCCUCUUAAUUUACGUGAUGCAGUGUUUUUGCACUUCAAACUAUUGGGACAUUGUGUUGUCUUGAUAACAUCUUCUUUCCAUUAAUUUUGGUUUAUAGUGGGCUUUCCGUUGAUGAGACUAUAAUUUAGUCUCAGUCAUGCAGAUAAAACAUUAAUGUGCCAUCAAAUACAAUGUGAUGAUCCCCACCUGUAUUGCUUUAUAUGACACUUCCCUGAAAUAGUUCCGCUCUCAUUUCACCACAGGAAUCAUAAUUAUAUUGACUUUAUCUGCACUCCUGUGUCUUCACAGGUUUCUUCUUGAGAGCUCUCUGACACCUUGCCAGAUUUGAUAUCCCAUGAUUUCAGCUGUAGGCUCGGUCAAAAGAACUUAAACAAAAGAAAGUCUCGUGCUCGUGGAAGAAACGUGGACAUAGGCAGCGUACGGCCUGUUUAGUGCCACUGUUCUACUUUAAGGCUGUAGUCCACGAACAACUCCUACAUUCCGCUUAUGUCAAAUUUCUCAGAUUUCCACCACAGACGAGAACACUAGUUUCAUUGACUUGUGAAAUGAAGUCCGUUGCAAGCCCUCAGUUGCCAUGACAACUAGAUUAAGUGUCUACACAAUGUCAAGAGUUGCAGCAAUUUAAAAACUGCACAAGUAGGUUUUGAUAAUCUAUUCACUAAUUCACACUUUUGUCUACCCUUCACCUUGGCGAACCAUCUUCAGAGGCGAGUGAAGUGGUGGUUGACCUGAUGAAGACAUUGUUCAGUGGAAGAAGCGAAAGGCUUCCCUCGAAGACGUACAGGUCUGCAGUAGGACAUUACUCUGGGGGUUUGAUAAUGCAAACGGCGGAUGCAGCCCCAGAAAGUAUUGAAGUUCUUGAAUGAGGUACAUUCUGUCCUGGCCUCGCAGGUUUAGGACUUCUGUGCUUUUGUGUUUGCAGCACCGACGUGGGAGGUCGUAAGAUUAGAGCCUUUUGUUCCACCACAUUCUGCAGUUUUCCUGAUAACUUAAUUAAGGGAAUUGUAUGACUUUAUUGUCAUUCAGUCACUUUAAUGUGCAGGUUGCUGAUGGAAUCAGCGCAUGCAUUAUUGUGUGCUGUCUGCAUGUUUGAUAGAGGUGGAAUUACUGGCGCUCAGCCUGCUCAGAAAAGGGCAGCUCAGUUUCUUCCCUCACUACAGUUGGAGCUCUCUGCUGUCGUAUACAAGGGGAUGACACACGAGCAGCUCAGCGCAGGCAGCCCCAAGCCCGGUCCUCUCCUUAUAUGUCUGAGGAGGUGCUUUUCUGUCUAUCUCUAGGUGCAUGCCAAGGCAGCUCCUCCACCACGAGCCAGUAUUUCUUUGAAGGGGCUGCUUGUUCUCUUGCAGCCUUCAAUAUAGUGUUUAUUUGUCUUUAUAGACAUGACAUGUUUGACUAAGCUCUGUUUUAUAGCACGUGUGAUAGAUUGUUGUUCACUUAUCUGUACUUAUAAAGAUACACACAAUUCCAACUAAUGUUCCUACUAAAUGCAGGAGAACGACAUGACUGACUGCUAACAGUGAAUGUAAAGACAGGUGUAAUAGGCCUGCGAUACAGUGUAGUGCUUUGCUUGAAGCAGGCAUGUUAUGUCAUUUGGCAAACUGGGCCUGGUGCCAUUGGACCACACAUUGGCAUUUUGUUUCUUUUUCUACAGAACAUUCUUCAUAACAUUUCACACACAUUUAUUGACUAACACAGUGGGCCGUGUGUCAUCGCAAAGUGUAAUCGGCUGCCAAGCCACGAUUUCUUCUGGCUCUCCAGUCUUUUUCUUUUGGCGGUUUCUCUGCCUGAAGUCAAUAUCUCUCGUACUGUAUAUCACAGAAUGCUCGCAUGAACGUACAGUAUGCUGUGAAAAUCUCUCCUUCUCUGUUUAUAAUCUUGUAAUUUAGCCAAAUACUACAUUACAAGUGUUGUAGGCAUCCUAAUUUGUUUGCCUGUCUUCAGCAUCGCAGACUAGAAUCACAGCGGAGUCGUGUUUUGGGAGGUUUCUGGAUGCAAACAGAGUGGCCUCUAAUACCACCAGACAGUUAAGUGUUUGGCUGUGUAUGGUAGACGGCGUAGUUUACUCUGUUUGAGGACUUGGAUAUCUUCCUCCACAGAGAUUUGUGCUGUUUGCCUAAUCAAAGCUGCAAUCUGUCAGAUAUUCACUUUGGCGGUGCCUUUCUUUUCGAUCUCACUUCCUUAUGAGUUUUCUUGUCUGGUUCGAAGCUACAAGAAGGAGCAGGGCUCAAUUUGUCCUUUCAAAUGUGUUGGUAAAUUUAGCUCAUGAUGUGACCAGUGUACCUGUUGAGAAAUGAUAUGGAUGUGGGCAGAUCAGUAACAGCAGAAGGCUGAUGUUAUGGCCUGACGGCAUUAAGUGAAUGAAGAGAUGGAGGGUAGAGGUCACAUUUACCAGGACAAGGCAUUGAGUUCCACUCUGAUACUCAAGUUGUCACUUUUAGGUAAAGUAAUGAAGUGGGAGGUAACAUUUUGGGGUCUAAAAACUACCAGACCGUGUGGUCCGAGAAGUGAGAACAUUUGUGAGAGGUGUGGAGGCAGGGAAAUGAGCGAAGGUUAGAAAGAUCAUGUGAAUGGAGUAAGUGAUGGACAGUGGUACGUGGGGUGUGUUUAGGGGCCCCAGUUGGCACUUGAGGGCAGCAUGGGGUUGUAACGAGAGGUGCUGGGGCCAUUUGUGGUCACAUGGCUUACAAGCAACCCACCGUCACCUCGGAAACCAGGAGCGCCGGCCGCUCUUAUCCAAUCAUGUCAGGAAUGCUGGCCGUCACUCGGCUCAGGCUAUUUCUGCUGUCUGUCGCUAGAGCUUGGUAGUGCUAAGAGUCUGGCAUACAGGGAUCCUUCUUACCCCCCCUCCCACACCUUUCCCCUUAGCCACCAUUAUGCCAAUCCUUUGAGUGCGCUGUGUAAAGUUGUCUCUUUUUGCACCGUUUAGUUUUUGUGGUGUGAAUUCUGUUCUUCGUACGGUUCACUGUGGAAGGAAAGUUGUGGAAGAGACUAAGAGAGGGUGGGAGGGGUCGGGGUUAGGGAGAGUAGAAGAAAAAACAAAAAAGGGGAUCAGUCAUCCAGCCAGCCAAAGGAGAGAAGUGGGCGACACUAAGAGACAGAGCCUGGAGCCAGAGGAGAGAACCAAACAGCCAGUCAGAGAGAAAGUGAGAGGGAACGGGAGCUGUGGGACGUGAGGUGAAAAUGGCUCAACGUCUGCGUUUGUACUUUGGCUCGGGCCGCAGUAACACAGCCCCGGAGAUACUGGAAGGAGACUUUGAGGAGCAGCAGGGAGACAAUGAUGUGGUCGCGGCGUUAGGCAUGCAGCGGCCUCGGGUAUCGACAUCCUCUCAGGAGCCAGCUGCGCAGCAUGCCCCACCGAGAGCUUCGUGGUCAGAGACUUCUCUUAAACGCAGCUCCUCUAUGUUCAUACCCCAGCUCGCCACCUACGCUGAGCCGCGGCCCACCAAGAGCUCCUCCAUGCACAUCUCCCUCCAGCGCUCCAAUGGAUCCAGUACUGGAGAUUUCCGUGGUUAUGCCGAUGAUGUCCCGCCACCCUGUUAUACGCCUCCGGGACCUGCGCCCGCCUAUUCUGAGCGGCUCCAACCAGACGUUCCACGGCACCCGCCGCCUCCGUACUACGACCCAGAUACUUUAAACUCUCAAACUUUUAUGACGGAGCCGAACUUGCCCAAACGCAGGGUCUUUAGCAUUGGCUCCAAUGGCCAUACUAUGUAUAGCAGAGGCCAACCUAAUAUCAGUGUUGGUGGUAUUUGUAUCCAGAGGAACUCUCCUGAUGGUUCUGAUGUCCAGCAUUUCAGAAUCCACCCCUAUGGUGGUAAUGGCUGGUCUGUCCAGCAGCAGAGCUUGGACCAGUGCUCUGUGGUUAAUGGUGGAACACAGAGGCUCGUGUUUCAGCUCCAGCAAAGUCAGAACCAGGAUCCGAGCCAGGGCAGGCCACAGUCUGCUGCAUCCCAGGACGAAUGCACAGAUGUUGGCGUUGCCAGCUCAAGAGGUAGCCGCGUUGUGCGUUACCCAAGAAUUCGACUGGAGAGACGCUCGUCUCAACCGAGGCUGUUGCUGGAAAAUCAACACAAGGAAACUGGCGCAGAGAGCCAAGCUACAGAGGAGAUCCAAACCGACACAGAGAGAACGGAAGCAAGAAACCGACCUAAUGGGUGUACUUUCAAAAUCCGUGGGGAUUCUUCCCAGAGGCAGCCUCAUUUCAAGAUCUAUUUUACCCCAGGCGGAGGGGGAGACCAGGAUGUUAGCUGUGGCAAUGAUUUGACGAAUAACAAUCUCAAGGCUACUUCCAAGAAUGGCAUUUUCCAUCUCACACAGACGAGAGAUGAUUUCCUGGGACAGGUUGAUGUUCCUCUCAGUCAUUUGCCGACAGAGGACCCUGCUAUGGAGCGGCCGUACACAUUUAAAGACUUCCUGUUACGGCCCAGAAGUCACAAGUCCAGGGUGAAGGGUUACCUGCGUCUGAAGAUGGCCUAUCUGCCCAAACAAGGAGGACCAGAGGAGGAGGCUGGAGAGAUGAGGGAGGAAGCUGAGGGAUGGGAUGAGUCUGUGGACUCGGGCUCCCAGCGACCCCAGCAGCUGCUUCCUCCGUUGCCCCCUGGCUGGGAAGAGAAGGUGGACAACCUCGGACGCACCUACUAUGUCAACCACAACAAACGCAAUACACAGUGGAAAAGGCCUUCCAACACGGAUGUGAUUUCAGAGACCGAGAGUGACAAUCAACAGCGGCAGAUCAAUCAGGAAGCGCACCGUGUUUUCCGUUCGAGACGCCACAUCAGUGAAGACCUAGAGAACGAGCACCUGGAGCCGAGGGACAUUGACAAUUCCUGGGAGCUCAUCACAGAAGAGGAUCCUAACGACAGCCUGGCCCAGUCUCAGCCCGGCACUUCCUCCGUCUUGACGCCACAACUACCGCCAACACCCGCCAGCCACGAGUUUUCCGAGGAUUUAAAUCUGAGGCUGUCGCUCACUCCCGAUACCAACGGCGAAGUGCCGGGGCCCAGCGCCGCUCUGAGCCAGCUAUCAAGCAGACUGCGAUCCUCAAGUAUGACGGAUGGCGUCAGCGAUCCGACCCAAGCUCCUCCUCUUAUGCAGGGUUCCCAGACCAGAAGAACAAGAGCUCAAACAGUCUCAGGUGGUGAGGAGUCUAUGUCUCCCUCGGCGACUGCUUACGCCUUGACCACCCCUGGCCUGCCCCCUGGAUGGGAGGAGAGGAAGGACGGCAAGGGACGAACUUAUUACGUCAACCAUAACAGCCGCACCACUACGUGGACUAGGCCAAUUGUGCAGCUGACUGAAGACGGAGCCAGCACCUCAGCAGCAGCAGCAUCAGGCGGAGCCUCGGCCCUGGCACCCCCAUCCACCCCCUCCUCCUCUUCCAAUGCCUCCAACAACCACCUCCAUGAGCCCCUAAUCCGACGACCUCGUAGCCUCAGCUCCCCUACUGUCACCCUUUCCACCCCCUUGGAGGGAGCCAACAACGUCCAGGUGCGGAGGGCUGUGAAGGACACGUUAUCCAACCCGCAGUCCCCCCAGCCGUCGCCCUACAGCUCCCCCAAGACGACACCUAAGGCACAGCAGAGCUUCCUGCCCCCGGGCUGGGAGAUGAGGAUAGCCCCCAAUGGACGGCCUUUCUUCAUCGACCACAACAGCAAAGUCACCACCUGGGAGGAUCCCAGGUUGAAAUACCCGGUCCAUUUGAGGAAUAAGAACUCAAUUGAGCCCGGGGAACUUGGUCCUCUUCCUCCUGGAUGGGAAGAAAGAGUUCACUCAGACGGACGCACCUUCUACAUUGACCACAAUACAAAGAACACGCAGUGGGAGGAUCCUCGUCUGCAGAGUCCCGCUAUCACAGGACCUGCCGUUCCCUACUCCAGAGAGUUCAAGCAGAAAUACGACUACUUUAGGAAGAAGUUGAAGAAGCCGGCGGACAUCCCCAACCGCUUUGAGAUGAAGUUACACAGGAACAACAUCUUUGAGGAGUCGUACCGUCGGAUCAUGUCCCUGAAGAGGCCGGAUGUUCUGAAGGCACGGCUGUGGAUCGAGUUUGAGUCAGAGAAAGGACUGGACUACGGCGGCGUGGCCAGAGAGUGGUUCUUCCUCUUAUCCAAGGAGAUGUUCAACCCUUACUACGGCCUGUUCGAAUACUCGGCGACAGACAACUACACUCUCCAAAUCAAUCCUAACUCCGGCCUGUGCAACGAGGACCACCUCUCCUAUUUCAAGUUCAUCGGGCGUGUGGCAGGAAUGGCUGUGUUUCAUGGCAAACUUCUGGAUGGUUUUUUCAUCCGACCCUUCUACAAGAUGAUGCUGGGAAAACAGAUCUCCCUUAAAGACAUGGAGUCUGUGGACAGUGAAUACUACAACUCUCUGAAGUGGAUCCUGGAGAAUGAUCCCACUGAGCUGGACCUCAGGUUCUGUAUCGACGAGGACAACUUUGGACAGACGUACCAGGUUGACCUGAAGCCCAGCGGCUCAGACAUGGUGGUCACCAACGAGAACAAAAAGGAGUACAUUGACCUGGUCAUCCAGUGGAGGUUUGUCAAUCGAGUCCAGAAGCAGAUGAACGCCUUCUUGGAGGGCUUCACUGAGCUCAUUCUCAUAGACCUGAUUAAGAUCUUUGAUGAAAAUGAACUGGAGCUGCUCAUGUGUGGUCUCGGCGACGUCGACGUCAACGACUGGAGGCAACACACGGUUUACAAGAACGGCUACUGUCCCAACCAUCCUGUGAUCCAGUGGUUCUGGAAGGUUGUCCUGUUGAUGGAUGCUGAAAAGAGGAUCCGACUCCUCCAGUUUGUUACGGGAACGUCACGAGUGCCCAUGAACGGCUUUGCCGAGCUCUAUGGUUCUAAUGGACCUCAGCUGUUCACAAUAGAGCAGUGGGGAACACCAGAAAAGCUGCCAAGAGCUCACACAUGUUUCAACCGCUUGGAUCUGCCCACUUAUGAUUCAUUUGAGGACCUGAGAGAGAAACUCCUCAUGGCUGUGGAGAACGCGCAGGGCUUCGAGGGGGUCGACUAAGACGGCGGCGUCUGACUGCAUCCAUCCAACCAAGCAACAUUAAAAACAAACAAAACAAAACAAAAAGCCACAGGGAUAUCAAACCAGCUGCUGUAGCAGUUCUGUGCAAGCAUGUUGUACUGUAAAGCCUGACCGUGAGCCCAUUCGACAGCACCGGUGGCUUGAGACCGUACAGCGAUUUGUCGAGCCGAUGCGCCUACGUCUUUAAAUCUUUUCAGAGGUUAGGUCAUUCCUUACAGGUGCUGGGGAAAGAACGGGAGAGUCGCACUGUUGAAUACUGAAAUCUAUUAUCCACAGGCAUGAGCGAUGAAUGAGCUGGCCCCUGAUCUGCCGUUUCUUUCCCUUCUACCCUCGUCCUGUGAAAAUCUGCAGUGCUGGAAAACACUAAUGCAUUUCAAUAGCUCCUUUAUGUACACUAUAGCACAGUAUUCAAGCACCCUUCAAUGGAUGGGACUUAGCAUGGCCUUAAUCUGGCUCUUACAUGCACUAUUUCUCUAAGAAACUGCAAUGGCACUAUGAUCACAACUCUCUUCAAAUCCUUAGACCAACACCAGAUUACCUUAGGAAUGCUAGCCAAUCACAUUUCAGGAAAUCGGCCACACCCCUCCAUAGAGCCUUGUCUAUAUGUUGUUUGAUCAGAAAUCGCCGCUGCAGCCUUUUUGUAGAACAAUGUUUUCUGUUUAUUAGCCACUGGUUAGGAUUCAAGAAUGGGGGAUGAAAUAAUCCCCAACCAUGUUUUCUUUUUUUCUUUUUUUAUCGUUUUUGUCAUGAAAGAGAUUUGUUUAUUUGUUUUUUUUUAAAUCAUUGGUAUAAUUCUUGCAGGAAAAUACUCAACGUAUUUGUACUGAUGAACAAUGUUGUUUACUAUUUUGACAAUGCUAUAUGACAUGAUGUGUGAAGUGUAACUCGGGCUAGUCUGGGAAUUAAUUAAUCCAUAUCAUUUGUUACGGUGAUAGCAAAUGUGUUGAAUAAAAUGUUUUAUAUUGUAGUGCUAUGAAAGCAGCAUGAAACCGUAUCUUGUGGUUGCUUUGACUACAUCGUAGUAAUUUGGACGUAUAAUCGGUCUCGAGGUCAAGGAGGGCGAACUAAAAACUUUGGGGUAAUUCUCUGAGACGUGUGCGUCAUGAUUAUAUUAAUAUCCUCAUGCCUGUUGCUGUUUAUAAUGCUGUAAAUUGUUCUGGGAGGGGGGGGGGCACAUUUUAAGUUCUUUCAUUAUAUAUAAAUAUAUGUAUGAAUUUAACAAGUAUUACUGAUCAACAACACUAAAAUGAAGCUGUGCGCGGGUGUUGGAGAGAAAAGCUGUGAUUGCCACUGAAUAUAAAGCAGCACGUUUCUUACAAAGAAAAAAAAAAGUUAUUUUCUUUUUUUUUUAAUGUUUUUGUUUCCCUCUCCUUUUUCUAACACCAUUGAACCUAAAGGGCACUUUAUAGAUCACUCUGAGGUCACGUCGCCUAUUGUAUGUCUUUUGUCAUUAACUUGAAUGUGAUUCUUUGUUUCCAUUCAGAGCACUUACCUGGUGCAAUAUUAAUAGUCUGUAAAUCUGGGAUGCUGCUAAGGUAGAUAAAGUUGACAGAAAUGAAGCAGAGACUUCACACCCUUUUAGUCUCCUCUGUUUUUGCUCUUCUUUUGUCCCCUCUCUCUCCCCCUUUCCUCCCCACUCAAACUCACUCAGUAAAUAUUUGUCCUUUUUUUAAUGAAUGACAGGAAAUAUCACUUUUGUUAAAGAUUCCACCACUCUCUGCAACUCUUUGUGGUUCAUUUAACUUCCGUCAAAUAAAAAUGAAACUACUCUGUG